AUGGCUAGCUGUCAGGGCCCUACUGAAAACAAUUGUUCCAUUCAAUCAGUUGAACAAUAUAAUAGUAAUUUCAAUGAAAAAGAAGAGAAGCAGAUACAAGAUGCCAUACAAAGAUUGAGUCAAAGAGAAGAUCCUGUCAAUAUAUUAGUGAUUGGUCCCACUGGAGCUGGUAAAUCAACACUCAUCAAUGCUUUACUGGGAGACACUGUAGCUAAAGUUGGUCAUGGAGCAGGAGCAGUAACGUCUGAAGUUAAAGUGCAUGAAGGAGCCUAUGAAGGAAUACAGUUGAAGGUCUAUGAUACUACUGGGUUCAGUGAUACAAGAGGGAAGAGUGGCAAUAGCAUUGUUAAAGAGAUUGCACAAUCCAAUAAGUUUGAUCUAAUACUGAUCUGUGUGAAAAUGAAUCACAGAGCAGACGAAGGAGUCAGGAAGAUGUUCAAAGUUCUUGGAGAAAACUUGAGACGAGAAAUGUGGGAUAGAUCAGUGAUUGUACUGACGUUUGCAAAUGCAUUCCUUCAGCUAAAAAAUAUUAAAAAAUUACCCAACAAAGCCGAGAUAAUAAAAAGUGAGAUAGAAGAUUUCCAAGGACAUGUUCAUGGAUUCCUUAGCCCCACAUUGGAGAAGGAGACCAUUGAUGAAAUACCAUUCUGUAUCGCUGGAGAUGAGGACGAGAGACAACUACCAACAACUGACGACUGGUUAAAAGAACUGUGGAAUAAAUGCAUCAAAUGA